CUUACUCUCAUGAGAGAACUCCAGCUUGGGGGAAAAACUUGCUAUCACACCUUGAGUUAGUGGCUCGAUUCAACCAGGCCUCUUUUCGUCCCAUAACGUGCCGAAGCGCCUACUAUGUGCCCAAGGGUAGGCCCAGAGAAUGUUGAGGUGACCAAAGUAGACAAGGCUACUUCCUGUCUGGAAAAUACAAUUUAGCGGGGAAUCAGACAUUGAACAGAGCCGUGCAAAUGAACGGAUUAAAUAAAAAUUAGGAAGAUUAACCAUGGAAAAGAUAGCUGAAUGAGUAGGUCUGAUUUAGAUAGGGUGGUUCAGGGAAGACUUCGUAAUGGAGGUGAUACAUUAGCUGUACCCUGACCAGUUAAAGCAAGGGCCAGGGAGAUGCAUUUCAGAGAAAGGAAACAGCCACAGUGGAUGCCCGAGUUGGCCAACAAUUUGGCAUAAGGCAGGCCCAGUGUUUAAGGAGGCUUGCUGUGUAUCAAACACGGAUGGACAUAACAGAAUAUAGUAUCUGUGUAGUCAAUCCAGAAAGACAACUAAUUAUUUAGUGAGGGCCAUAGAAGCAGAAUUGUGAGUAUCAAAAACGCAGUGCAGAAGCCGGGCGGUACGCCUUUAAUCCCAGCACUGUGGAGGCAGAGGUAGGAGGAUCACUAUGAGUUGGAGGUCACCCUGAGACUACAUAGUGAAUUCCGGGUCAGCCUGAGCUAGCAUGAGACCCUACCUCAGAAAACAAAAACAACAACAACAAAAAUGCAGGAGUGACUUGUACGUUGGAUUUUUGUCUAAUGGAGAAGUGAAAGAAGACUUACCCAAGGAAGUGAUGAAGCUGGUAAUAGUACAAAAGCCAAGAGUGGAGUUUAACUUCUGUGAAGAGCCACAUUAGAUGUGAUAAUGGAUCAUCAUGUUUCCACCAUUAAACCUCGAAGAAUCCAAAACCAGAAUGUCAUUCACCGCUUGGAACGCCGACGGAUCAGUUCAGGCAAGGCAGGUACUCACUGGCACCAGGUUCGAGUGUUCCACCAGAAUGUCUUCCCCAACUUCACAGUUGUCAAUGUUGAAAAGCCUCCUUGUUUUUUGCGUAAAUUCUCACCUGAUGGACGAUACUUUAUUGCUUUUUCUUCUGAUCAGACAUCUCUUGAAAUCUAUGAGUACCAGGGCUGCCAGGCAGCAGAAGACCUCCUGCAGGGAUAUGAGGGGGAGAUCCUGUCCAAUGGCAAUGACCAGCGGUCAGUCAGCAUCCGGGGCCGGCUUUUUGAGCGCUUUUUUGUCCUGCUACAUAUUACCAAUGUGGCAGCCAAUGGUGAGCAUUUGAACCGGGAGUGCAGUCUUUUCACCGAUGACUGUCGUUGUGUCAUUGUGGGCUCUGCUGCCUACCUCCCAGAUGAGCCUCACCCUCCUUUCUAUGAGGUAUAUCGGAACAGUGAGUCAGUGACCCCUAACCCACGAUCCCCUCUAGAGGAUUAUUCUCUUCACAUCAUUGACCUUCACACUGGCCGCCUUUGUGACACACGCACAUUCAAGUGUGACAAAGUGGUUCUGUCGCACAACCAAGGGCUAUACUUGUACAAAAAUAUCCUUGCCAUCUUGUCUGUGCAGCAGCAGACCAUCCAUGUCUUCCAGGUGACACCUGAAGGUACUUUCAUUGAUGUGCGGACCAUUGGCCGCUUCUGCUACGAAGAUGACCUGCUCACUGUGUCGGCUGUUUUCCCUGAGGUGCAGCGGGAUAGUCAGACUGGCAUGGCCCAUCCCUUUAGGGACCCUUUCAUCAACUCUUUGAAACAUCGAUUGCUGGUGUACCUUUGGCGCCGGGCAGAACAGGAUGGCAGUGCAAUGGCCAAGAGACGAUUCUUCCAGUACUUUGACCAACUGCGGCAGCUACGCAUGUGGAAGAUGCAACUUCUAGAUGAAAACCAUCUGUUUAUCAAGUAUACCAGUGAGGAUGUAGUGACUCUGCGGGUCACAGAUCCGUCCCAGGCCUCGUUCUUUGUGGUAUACAAUAUGGUGACGACUGAGGUGAUUGCUGUGUUUGAGAACACAUCGGAUGAGCUUCUAGAACUGUUUGAGAACUUCUGUGACCUCUUCCGUAACGCGACCCUGCAUAGUGAAGUCCAGUUUCCCUGCUCGGCUUCUAGCAACAAUUUUGCAAGGCAGAUCCAGCGUCGGUUCAAAGACACAAUCAUAAAUGCCAAAUAUGGAGGGCACACCGAGGCAGUACGCCGCCUGCUGGGCCAGCUCCCUAUCAGUGCCCAGUCUUACAGUGGGAGCCCCUACCUGGAUUUGUCCCUCUUCAGCUACGAUGACAAGUGGGUGUCAGUCAUGGAACGACCCAAGACUUGUGGAGAUCACCCUAUCAGGUUCUAUGCUCGGGACUCUGGCCUGCUCAAGUUUGAGAUCCAGGCUGGCUUGCUCGGCCGCCCCAUCAACCACACAGUGCGACGCCUGGUUGCUUUCACUUUUCACCCUUUUGAACCUUUUGCCAUUUCUGUGCAGAGGACUAAUGCGGAGUAUGUUGUCAACUUCCACAUGCGACACUGCUGUACUUAGGUGCUUCACCUCAGCUAGGUGGUCUGGCCUUCCAGGACUUCACCCCAUGCUUGUCUCAGUGGACUCUACUACCAAAGCUGCUAGCUGCCAGCAUUAAGGGUUCCAGAUUGGUGUACCUCAUAUGGGCCACAGCCAAAGAGGAGUCACGGAUAUAACCCAGUGGGGUUUGUCCAGUGUAUGCAGUACUGUUACUGAUAGGUUUGAAGUCCUCUUGCCUUUUCCCUGUGGGAACACUUAGCAUUAAGUCCAUUUAAUUUUUAUCAAUUAGCAUUUUAUGGCUGUGGUCAUAAAAGCAUUACACCUUUUCCCCUUUGAUGUCAUUUCUAUGGCAUUAUGAUCUGUGCCCAAAGCAGGUAAAUCAUGUUUGUGCAUGAGAACUGUGUGUCCUUCCUACUUAUCCAACAAGCAGGGCUAUCUUUAUAAGGAAAAAAUAAAGCCUUGGUAUUUUCUUACAUAAA